UUCCCUUCCCUUCCCUUCCCUUCCCUUCGUCGCCGGAAAAGGUGAGUACGCUAACGAGGCCACCACUCCCAGAGAUAUAUAUAUAUAUAUAGAGAGAGAGAGAGAGAAGAUUGGUGCACCGCGAGAGAUGGCGCCUAAAAGCGCGCCGCUGCCGGUGUCGGAUCCUCCGCCGCAGUCCGUGAAUGGCGCAGACGGAAGCGCCCCCAUUUUCCUGGGAUCUUCCAUGGGUAGGAGAGGUGCCUUCGCGGCACUCUCCUACAUGGUCUGCGCAGUUCUACUGGUUAUGUUCAAUAAAGCAGCUCUAUCUUCAUACAGCUUCCCUUGUGCUAAUGUUAUUACUCUAUGCCAGAUGAUCUGUUCAACAUGCAUUCUUUAUGCAAUGAGGCGCUGGAGGAUAAUUUCUUUUACAACUGGUGAAGCACAUAAAGCAAGCCUUGUGCCACUUCAAACAGUCUUGCAUACCCUUCCUCUUUCCCUUGCAUAUUUGCUUUAUAUGUUGGCUACUAUGGAGUCUGUUCGUGGAGUAAAUGUCCCAAUGUAUACCACCCUUAGGCGUACAACUGUUGUGUUUGCUAUGGUUGUUGAGUACCUAAUCACAAGCCAAAAGUACUCAUUCCCAAUUGUUGGAAGUGUUGCAUUGAUCGUCUUUGGAGCUUUUGUUGCCGGAGCUCGAGACCUAUCCUUUGAUAUUUAUGGCUACAGCAUAGUCUUUAUCGCCAACAUGACAACUGCAGUUUAUCUGGCAACUAUAAACCGUACUGGAAAAACCACUGGACUCAAUGGCUUUGGGCUUAUGUGGUGUAAUGGAAUAGUAUGUGGACCGAUUUUGUUUUUCUGGACAUACAUUUAUGGUGAUUUGGAGCUCACAAUAAACUUUCCCUAUCUUCAUUCUCUUGGAUUUCAGGUUGUGAUGCUAUUUUCUUGCAUUUUGGCAUUUUGUUUGAACUACUGUAUUUUCUUAAAUACCACAUUGAACUCUGCACUGACACAGACAAUGUGUGGCAAUCUGAAGGAUCUGUUCACCAUUGGACUUGGCUGGUUGUUGUUCGGUGGCCUUCCUUUCGAUAGGUUGAAUAUUGUCGGUCAAAUCCUGGGUUUCAUGGGCUCGGGUUUAUACGCCUACUGCAAAAUCAAGGGGAAGUAGCAUCUGCAAGUUCUAUUUCAAUAAAGAGAUGUUUUCAUGUUUUGUUUUUUUCUUUCAUUCAAGUGAACCCUUGUAGGUUACUAUCUUUUGGGUUAAUAUCGAGGGUUGUUUUUGAUAAGUCGCAGUCA